AUGAGCCAAAGCCAGCGUUCUCAGGAUCAACUGUCACGAGAUGAACCGGAACCGGUUAAACCAAUUAGGAGCUAUUCAAACCGUAAGAAGCGUAGCAGCACUGGCUAUAAGCCGCUCCGUCCAAUGUCACGUGAAGAAGUAAGAGCUUAUUUUAAAAGAAAAGUAUAUUCAGGAUAUAUUGAGGGGGCAAUGCUGAUUUACGAAGCUAAACAAAAACCACAGUCCUGA